ACGAUUCCAUAGAAGCCAUGUAGGUAAGUGUAAGUCGUCAGGUAGGGCAUUAUUUUGCUGAAUGGAGGUUUUCUGUAGGUAGCAGUGCAUUAUAGUCAUUGUAGUAGAAAAUGGAAGGAGGGAAAGAAGAAGUAGAAGAGGAAGAACAGAGGCUUAGACCAGAACAGGACGAAAAAAAGAGAGAAGGAAGCAAAGGAGAACAAAAGGGAUGCACAGAUCGGAUGAAGGAUUUUGUACAAAGUACAACAUUUCUUGUAUAUACUGAAGCUACCCUCUCAACAUGGGGAGACCGUAUGUGGUCCUUCGCGGUGGCCCUGUUCCUUAUCGAGUUGUCUCCAGGCUCUUUAAGACUCACGGCCGUGUAUGGCUUCUCCAAGUCCUGCGCUGUGCUGCUGUUGGGAGCGGUCAUCGGGGACUGGGUGGACCGUACCGCUCGUCUAACAGCUGUGCGUAUAGCCCUAGUGGUGCAGAAUGGCUCCGUUGUGCUGUGUUCUGUGGUCCUGGCACUAACCCUGAUCUAUCGUGCAGAGAUUGAAAACUUACAGGGAGGUUGGCUCAUGACUUUUUGCCAGGUUGUACUGAUAACCCUAGCAGUAGUUGCCAUCCUAGCCGGACAGGCCACACGGAUAUGCCUGAACAAGGACUGGGUUGUCGUCAUCGCUGGUGGGGACAAGGAAAAACUUGCCAAACUAAAUGCAGCGAUGAGGCGUAUCGACUUGUGCUCCAAGAUCCUGGCUCCAGUUGUGGUCGCACAGAUCAUGACGUUUGUCUCCAUGUGGUUGCAUGGCGCCCUGUUCAUCGCGGGGUGGAACGUGGUUUCCAUGGCGAUAGAGUACUACCUGUAUCACCGUGUGUACAACAGCGUUCCUGCACUGGCCGUGAAGGAGAAGAAAGGGGAUAAGAAAGAUAAAGGCAAAGACAAAGAUGAUGAUCCAGAGAACCCAGAAGAAGAACCUGUCCAGACGAAACCUCGUCCCACCUGCUUCCAGAAGAUGUUCAAACCUGUCCUCACCCUUGUUAACGGUUGGAAAACAUACUUUCAACAGGCAUGCUUCCGUGCAGGCCUCGGCCUUUCUUUCCUUUACAUGACCUUCCUGGGCUUCGAUAACAUCAUGGUUGGCUUUGUGUACACCCAGGGUCUUUCUGAACUCACGGUCAGUCUGCUGGUUGCGGCCGGCGCCUUGCUUGGCGUUGCCGGAACAUUUAUUUACCCUCCCCUACGCAAGAAAGUCGGUCUGCACCGCACGGGCUUGAUCUCUGGAACGCUGCACUGGAGUAUUCUGAUUCUGUGUGUGGCAUCAGUGUGGGCGCCAGGAAGCCCUUUUGACCCAUUCUAUUACUCACGCAGUUCUAAUGUCACCCUUGCUGAUGUCACCCUUCCACCUGAUGUUACCCUCACUAAUGUCACCCUCCCUCCUGAUGUCUCCCUUCUGCCUACUUUCGCCCCCUCCUCAAAUUCGUCAGUCUUUCCCCUCUUUUCCAAUGAAACGACCCUACACACCCCAGUAGACAGCACGACCACCGGUCUCCAGGACCCCCCAGCAGACAGACCCCUGUGGAUGUACACGUCUGUGGCACUGCUCAUGACGGGCGUCACUCUGGGGAGGAUAGGUUUAUGGAUGUAUGACCUCACGGUGACCCAACUUUACCAGGAGACUGUGGAGGAGAACCACAGAGGGGUGGUGUUCGGUGUCCAGAACAGCCUCAACUUCUUCAUGGACAUGAUGCACUUCCUUCUAGUGAUCGUCCUCCCCGCUCCGGAAACCUUUGGAUUCCUCAUCCUGCUGUCGUUUGUGUUCACCGUCUCAGGACACCUGUUGUAUGCGUCAUACUCACGCCAGGUCAGAGGUCACUUGUUCCACUUUGACCUCCUGUGCAGGCUGUGCAAACCUGGUUCUUCACAUAAGAUCGUGACCUUAGCUGAACUUGUAGAGGGCCCCGGCACACAGGAACCUUUAUCAAGUCCUAACAAUGCCAACAGGCAAGACGAAAGUACUCCAAACGCAGAAGAAAAGUCUUCAGUAUGAAAAUGAAUAGAUCCUUUUUUUGUACCAGAAGUUCUCCUGGUACUUACAGUCUACAUGUCUGGAUUUAGUUGGAAUGAUAUUAAGUUUUAUGAUAAAUAAAGUGAUUUGGGUAAAUGCGAGAUAUUGUAAUCUAUGGGGAUUAGAAAUCAAGAAAUAUUUCUAUAAUCUUAUUUAGUUGAAUAUAGAAAUGUUAAACUAAGCACAUUAUAAUAUGAUUACAUUAAAUUUAUUAGGAUGUAUAUAAACGAGAUUAAGAGAUUGUGCACUGAGUGUUGCCAGGAAUGUAUGCUGAAAUCUGUGCAUUACGGUGUACUCUGUAAUCCAAACUUCAAUCCCAUUUUUUGCUUUGCAAGUCUGGUAUCUUUUGUUGCAUGACUUUACCAAAGGACUGUAUAUUCAAAAAUGUACAAUUAAAUAUCAGUAUUGUAUCAAGCAAACACCAUGUAACAGUUUCUUUAAGUUCCUUUAAGUUUUUCUUGACUUUGGUGAUUUUUGCUUGUUUUUUUUUUAACCGCCAUUUUCGUAUUGCUGAUGUGAUAGUCUAAGAAAUGUCAGUUUCCUGCUGUGAGACAUUUUGGCCUAUUUGAUAUAACAAUAUGAUUGUUGAGUAAGGUUACAUACAGUGAUAUAUAUAUAAUAUAGAGAGAGGAUAGUGUGUUCAGCACCUGAAACAACAAUGAUCAGUUCGCUUUAGAAGGUAACAUGCACAUUUUCCGUAUAAAUGUCACACUCUGGUUAGCUACCAAAUCUAAUCUUUAAUCUCAUAUUGUAAAACAAGAAAAUAUUAAACAAAUGCAAUAUAAUGUUUUCCCCUCCACUCCGGGAGGUGAGGAACCCUC